AUGGAGUUGAUAGAAAUCGACACUUCUCCUUCCCCGCCGCCGCCUCUCAAGAAACGCAAGCUGGUCCCCGUUCUCCCGCGCAUGGACAGCGUGGAAUUGCUCGCCGCCUUUGGUUCGCAAAAAUCCCCCUCAUCGCUCACCAAAAUGAAACGAGAAGCUGCCGGACACAGUCUGCGCGGUCAGAACACAAAGUCAUAUGCCGAGUCUCCCUCAUCUUCGGUCGAAAACUCGCCUUCCAAGUCGGCUUUUGAGGAUGAUGGUGCCGACGAGGCGCAAGAGGAGGAUGACGAGGAUGAAGACAGUGAAGAUGAGCUGAACACGGAGGAUAACAUCGUCGCUGUUCCUCGAGGCACURCCGACCGCCUCGCUGCUGAACGUCAGGGCUCUCGCUUCCUGCCUUCUCGCUCCACCCGCUUCAACAUCAGCUAUGCCUCGCCCAAGCGGCCAGUCAAGAAGGUCUCUUACAAGAACAAGUCAAAGAAGAAGAUUCUUCUCACUUCAGACACACAUCACAAGUCCAAGAAGCCCACCGCUGCCGUGGCGGAGACUGCUCGUAAUCGAGUUCGCGCGGAAAUCGCCAAAUACACAAAACCUAAACGCGAUGCAUAUCUUCUGGCCAACAAGGACUAUUUCCAACCCCUGCUUCCCCACAACAGCUACAUUCACAAACUCGAGCGUGUCAAUGCUACGAAUGUGGAAGGUGUGGUACCCGAAGAGGUUCCCUUCGUCGCAUUGACAUCCCAACCCGAGGGUGUCAAGGCGGUUAUGAAGCCCUAUCAAUUGGAAGGCCUCUCAUUCCUCGUUCACAUGUACAACAAUGGUGUCUCUUCCAUUUUGGGUGAUGAGAUGGGCCUGGGCAAGACACUGCAAACGCUUGCAUUGUUUCAAUAUCUCGUCGAAAACAAACCCACCACCGGCGAGCACAGACCCAAUCUCGUCGUGUGUCCACUGAGCGUCCUCUCAUCAUGGAUGGCCGAGUCGAAGAAGUGGGUGCCUGGCCUGAAUGUCUUUCGCUUUCACGGUCCCAGAGUCGAGCGGGAGCGCUUCAAGCAGGAGUGUCUGGAGAAGAAGUCGAGGUACGACAACCCCAACAAGCCCACGGAUGCUGCUGAUCGAGUCGAUCUGAUCGUCACCACGUAUGAGACCUUCACUUCCGAGCAGCAUUGGUUCAAGAGGGCGUUCGUUUUUCGCUACUGCGUUCUCGACGAGGGCCACAAGAUCAAGAACCAUGAAUCAGACAUCUCCAACGCUCUCCAUGGCUUGAGCGCCGAAUUCCGCCUUCUCUUAACCGGCACUCCCCUCCAGAACAACCUCAAGGAGAUGUGGGCGCUCCUCCAUUGGCUCUUCCCGGAAGUCUUCACUCUCGACACAGCCGACAGUUUUGGCAAGGCAUUCGACCUGACCAAGGGAACUGUCAGCACCUCCUUCAUGGAUGAUGCUAGGCGUCUCCUCGAGUUGAUCAUGAUGCGGCGGAUGAAGACGAGUCCUGGAGUCAAUCUCAACCUCCCGCCCAAGGAAGAGGUUCUCCUCUACGUCCCACUCACUCCGCUUCAACGCUUCUGGUACACUCGUCUCCUCACCAAAGCCGACAAUGCCACUCUCGAUGAACUCUUCACCGAUGCCAAAGAGAAGGAAGCUCAAGCACUCAAGCUGGAGGAACACGAUGAAGAGCUAGCACGUCUUGAGAAAGCCGGUGCCGCCUUGGACAAAGCUGAAGAUGUCGAUAACACUGAAAUGUGGCAAGAGAGCCGGGCGAUCAUCGAAGAAACACUCCAGCGCAACGACGACACCGAUGUCAAGGGAGGAGACAAUGCGUGGAAGAAGUUGAUGAAUCUGUUGAUGCAGCUUCGCAAGGUCUGCAAUCAUCCUUACCUCCUACCUAACGCUGCGCCAUCUGGUGGCAUCUACGAUAUCGGGGACCACGUUAGAGAAGCCUCGGGCAAGUUCAUUGUCCUCGACAAGCUACUUGGAGAGCUUGUUAUCAAGCAGAGAAAAAAGGUCCUCAUCUUUUCUGGAUUCACCAAAACUCUGGAUCUGGUGGAGGAGCUUUUGUUGUUGAAGGGCGCCAACAGCCAUGACGCUACUUUCCGACACGCUCGACUUGAUGGCAGCACCGCUCGCGCUCAGCGGAACCUAAGCAUCCGCAUGUUCAAUAACAUGGACUCCGAAUACAAGGUCAUGCUGCUAAGUACGAGAGCUGGUGGUCUUGGUAUCAAUCUCACCUCAGCGACCGAUGUCGUCUUUAUGGAUGAGGAUUGGAAUCCGCAAGUCACGCUUCAGGCUGAGGCUAGAGCGCAUCGCAUUGGACAGACUAAGAAGGUAACUAUCUACAAGCUCUGCACUCAGGGUACCGUCGAGGAGCAGAUGAUGGGUCGUAUCCGAAAGAAGCUUUAUCUCUCCGCCAAAAUCACGGAGAGCAUGCGCAAUCUCCACUCGGAGGACAAUCAAGAGGAGGACAAUCAAGACAAGAAGCGCAAGCGGAGAUCUACCAAUCAGCCUGUGGUCGAUGACGACGCACCUCAUCUUGAUACUACAUCUCUUCAAUCCCUCAUUCGCCGUGGAGCUCAGACUCUCGCCCGUCCGGRGAUUUCCGUCAGCGAAUUGCUCGGCUGGGACUGGGAUACCACAUUGGAGAAUUGCAAAGACAAGCCGAUCGACGCAAUCGUUACUAAGCAGCAUAGCAAGACUGAACAGGUUGAUGAGCAGCAAUGGCUCAAUUCCAUUGAGCAAGUCCAAACAGCCGUCUUUGAUGGAAAGAAGCAUCAGAAGGCUCUGGAGGAGAAGAUUGCCGAAGCUACAGACCUCAAUCGAAAGGACCGCCGUGUUGGGAAGAACACCACAGUCGAAGUCGACGGCUUUAUGAUUAGCAAAGAAAGCAUGGGGUGUGCGGACUGGGAAGCUGUGGCCACAUUAGCUGGCAAGGACCCUCGCCUCGCAGAACCCAAGCGCGAGAAGCGCAAGGCGAUCGAACAUCAAGAUUUCUGCCAGUCCUGCUGGGAUGGAGGGGAUGUGGUGCUUUGCGCGGGAUGUCCUCGAACCUACCACCCCGGAUGUCUUACUAAGGAAGUUCAAGCCCGCGCUAACGGCAUGACAUUCUACUGCCCUCAGCACGAAUGUCGAGACUGCGGAGCUAAGACUACGGAUGCAGGAGGUGUCAUCUUCCGCUGUCGAUGGUGCGAGAAUGGCUUCUGCGAAGAUUGUCUAGACUGGGAUCUUACGAAACUUGUGGGACAUACACUUCCGGAGUUUGAGAUGUUGGGAUUCAAUCGUGUUACGCAGGCAUUCUAUAUUGAAUGCGAGCAUUGUGUGAAGCACUGGGAGGACCAUCCAUUGGAGAAGGCGGAAGUUGACCAGCAGAAGUUGAGGAUCCAGAGGGAUUGGGAGGUUAUGAAUGAGGCUAUGUUGAUAGGUGAUGGGAAUGGGAAUGGGGAUGCUGUCGGAGGGGCGAAGUGGGUUGUGGAUACGCCGGAUACGAUGAGUGAGGUUGCUACGCCAAAGGAUGGCGGGGGAACUCCGGUUUUGGGAGUCAAGAAGGCGAGGGGAAAGGUGAUGAAGAGGUCGGCGAAGAAGGCGAAGAUGUCUGCUGCUGCUUGA